UCAGACAUCAGGCAUCUCCCUAUAAAUAGAAAUUCCACAGACCUCAUCUUCUUCUUCCCCUGUGGCUGUGGCUGUGGCCUGUAUCUUUGAUCAACCAAUUAAUAUAGUAAGAGUAGCAUCACAAGCAUCAACAGUAAAAGCUUAAUUAAAGCAUGGGAUUUCCAGCAGGAUACACAGAAGUACUCCUCCCUAAGCUUCUGCUUACCACACUCUCCCUCCUCGGUUCCCUCCACAAGCUCAUCCUUUCUCUUCUCCGUUUGUUGGGUCUGUCCUGUUUCAUGGAGCCCGGAAUUGAUGAAUUUGAUCAGGCCGAAGCCAGCCCCAUCCAGUCUCUUUCUUCGGCUGCUUCCCUCAUCCGUGAGAUGCUCCCUGCCUUGACUUAUGCUGAAAUUGUAGCCUCAAAGUGUGGAUAUGAGGCCGAGAGUUGCGCUGUAUGCCUGUAUGAAUUUGAGGAGGAGGACGAGAUCCGACGGAUGAGAAAUUGCCGACACAUGUUUCAUAAGUCCUGUGUGGACCGUUGGAUGGAUCAUGAUCGUAAAACAUGUCCCCUUUGUAGGAAGCCAUUGGUUCCGGAUGAAUUGCAAGAAGAUUUCAAUGAGAAGUUGUGGGCUGCUUCUGGUAUUCCUGAUUUUUAUUCUGAAUAUUCUCAUGUAACCAAUUUCUUAUAGAAGUCGCUAGCUAGUAUUAGUCGUAGAUCUUUAUUCAUAAGGAGAACUAAUUAAGUUUUUGGUUCAAGUCAAAGAACCUGUUUGAAUAAUUAAGCCGAUGUACAUAUUAUUAUAUGAAUACUUGCAAUUCAAAGAAAUUAAACAGGAAUUAAAAGUAUCAUAUAUCGAGUUUUCAUGAGGAGUAAUUUUGUUGAUUUCGUAUGGAGUAAAGAGUUGUCUUUUCCCUCAAUUUGGGAAUACUUGAUUCAAAACAAGAAUUUAUGGAGUUCUAAAUUACCUCAAUUUAGACUAACCUGAAGCAACUUGCGAUUUUAUAUACUACUAUAUCCGGUGCCCCAAUUUGUGUAUAUUAUUAGGUACUUCCCCGUUCCAUCUUGUU